AUGAAACGCAACCGGCGACAAUUUCCUGGUUGCAUCAGGCGGCCCCGACCCACCAGCGCGGCAGUAGCGGCGGCAGCUUGUCCAGUACCCGUCGGCCGCGGGGCAAACCCACCCACAUCCGCCCAGAAGCCAUCCACACGCACCCAGAAGCUAUCCACACGCACCCAGAAGCUAUCUACAUGUACCCACAUCCGCCCAGAAGCCAUCCACACGCACCCAGAAGCCAUCCACACGCACCCACAUCCGCCCAGAAGCCAUCCACACGCACCCAGAAGCCAUCCACACGCACCCACAUCCGCCCAGAAGCCAUCCACACGCACCCAGAAGCCAUCCACACGCACCCAGAAGCUAUCCACACGCACCCACAUCCGUCCAGAAGCCAUCCACACGCACCCAGAAACUAUCUACACGCACCCACAUCCGUCCAGAAGCCAUCCACACGCACCCAGAAACUAUCUACAGGCACCCACAUCCGUCCAGAAGCCAUCCACACGCACCCAGAAGCCAUCCACACGCACCCAGAAGCUAUCUACACGCACCCACAUCCGCCCAGAAGCCAUCCACACGCACCCAGAAGCCAUCCACACGCACCCAGAAGCCAUCCACACGCACCCAGAAACCAUCCACACGCACCCAGAAGCCAUCCACACGCACCCAGAAACCAUCCACCUGCACCCACAUCUGCCCACAAGCCUCUCCAGCCGCCCGCCCAUCCACCUUCCUGCCCAUGGUCACCAUCAGGGGUUGAGGUAG